AUCUUUCACAAUUGUAGUACUUCCGGAGGUGCUGUACGUUUAUUUCUUCGCCCAGCAGCUGACGGGACGGAAGUGUGGGUGAAAAGUGAGGUGAUGCCCUUGGAGGUGACAUGGCCCUUCUCACAAUGCCCCCGCCUGGGCUGGAGGAUAUCCAGUCGGCUGGUCAUGGGCAUGGUGGGCUCGUACAGUUACCUGUGGUCCAAGUAUUUUAAUUCCUUGAUGGUGCACAACCAUGAUGUUUUGUUGGACCUGGUUGAUGAGCGUCCUCAGGACACACCCCUUAUUACACUGUCCAAUCACGUGUCCUGCAUGGAUGAUCCACACAUCUGGGGAGUCCUGAAGCUCCGGCAACUGUGGAACUUUAACAGGAUGAGAUGGACUCCUGCUGCCUCUGAUAUCUGUUUUACAAGAGAAUUCCACUCCAGCUUUUUCAGCAGAGGGAAAUGUGUGCCUGUAGUUAGAGGAGAUGGAGUAUAUCAGAAAGGAAUGGACUUCCUCCUGGAAAGGCUAAAUCAUGGGGAAUGGGUACACAUAUUUCCAGAGGGUAAAGUCAACAUGACAGGAGAGUUCAUACGGUUUAAAUGGGGAAUUGGUCGUUUGAUUGCAGAGUGCUCUCUUCAUCCGAUCAUUUUACCUUUGUGGCAUAUAGGUAUGAAUGAUGUCCUACCAAAUAAAACUCCAUACAUCCCUCGAGUUGGACAGAGAGUAACUGUCCUUGUGGGGAAACCGUUUACAGUCAAACACCUGGUAAAUGCACUCAGAGCAGAAAACACUAGUCCGAUGGAAAUGCGGAAAGCAGUGACAGACUUUGUUCAAGAGGAAUUUUACAGUUUGAAAGCCCAGGCAGAGGCUCUUCAUCAGAGGAUAAAGAGCUGCACAUAACCCAUGAAGAGACUUUUGUCAUUAUAUGAAAAAGGGCUGUGCAGAAACCCAGUGAGAUAACUUUGAGCUCAAAUCUCAGCAUGGACACUGACGGUUUGUUAAAGUAUCAUGUUCAGGAAUGUUACGGAACAACCAUGAAGACAUAAUUAUGAAUAUAAUGCAGGUAUCUGUUCAUCCUUGCAUGGACAAUGAGAUUUGGCCUGAAACAAAAACAGAGAUCAUCUGUUAUUAAUCUGUUCAUCUGUUAUAAAUGAUCAGGGAGGCAUGAGUAUGAGUUGUAACACCUGAAGCGAAAUUUAAAGAAUUGUUUUACGUAAUGUUAAGAACGUUUAACACUGUGGACAUUGUUCAAGUGAUUGGAAAUGCAUGUCAGACUUCAGACUGUGGAACACAUUAUGUUAUAUUCUCCCACAGUAUUUGUUUAUAUUUUGAUGGUACAGAAUUAGUUGACCUAUCAAAAAUAGCAUUGGCAUUUAGAUUGAUCAAAGUUCAAAUUAGAAAAUGUAUUUAGUUCUUUUACCAGAAACACAUGACACUGUAUCAGGGAAACAUUCGAUUUGUUUGAUUUUUAUCACUGUGAUAUAAGAAAAAAUGUUUGAUAUAUAAAUUCCACUGAUUGCUUUUCUCGUAGCUUGAUCAAAUAAUUGAUGACAAACAGACUAGCAUUUGAUUUUUUUUUUUAAAGAAUUUUUUUAAAAGUUUAGAAAUUUGA